GAUCAAUAAAAAUGUGUUACAAGUGUUACCGCAAACGAAUUCCCAACGUUUUGGGGGAAACCGGACAACUUUGAGGUGGUUUAUGGACAACAUUAAAGUUGUUUUGAAAAUAUUUCUUUUAGAGUUCAUGAGUGAACGGCUAUUUUUCUAACUGUGUAGCUGAACAGCAUCGGUGUGUGUUUUCAUAUUUAGAGGCGAAGCACUUCGGACAUGAACAGGUGAGAACAGACCUCGAUUUUUUUGAGUUGCCCUGCUGGACCCGGUUCGAAGUUCUCAGUCAAAUAUGGCGGGCAGCAGUUGUGUGGACAUGGAUCCAGAUGUUGCUCUGAGAUUGUUUGAAGAAGGAGCCACCCUGGUAUUGCUGGGUGUUCCUCAGGGCACAGAACUGGGGAUAGACUGCAAGAGCUGGCAGGUGGGUCCUCGCUUUAGAGGAGUGAAGAUGAUACCUCCGGGUCUCCACUUCCUCCAUUUCUGCUCCGUUAACUCUCCAAGCUGUGGUGGAGAAAUUGGUCCUAAAUCAGGCCUCUUCCUCACUCUUAAACCCAGAGAGAUUCUGUUGGCCCACUGGGACCCCAAAGAAGAGGAUCUGGACUUCUCAGCCUCAAAGAAUGACGAGGAGGUGAACCGAAUCCGGAGCACCUUGCGAGAGCUGGAUCCCUACUUGGGUCCCUAUCCAUAUGAGGUGAUGAGGAAGUGGGUUUCCCUCACUGACCAGAUCAGCCAGGAGCUAGCUGUUAACCUGCAGCCUCUCUCAGGUCGAGUGUGCGCUUUCAGUGAUAUCAUCCCUGAACUGCAGUUCAGACACACGAAAGACCGGGCAGAGCAGCCAAGGAAUGACACAGCCUGUCAAAGCAUGAGAGAGGGACUCGAUAGGCUUCCAAAGAUGAAGCAGAGGGAGGGCACAGAGUUACGCUUCUCAGAUAUUCCCAAGAAGACCUACCCUCCUGGAGCUUCUCCCGCAGAGAUCACCCGAUGCAGCAUGGACCUGAGUUACUCCCUGGAGACUGUGGUGGAGCAGAACUACCCGGACCAACCCCUCAACUUGCUUGGUGAGCUGCAGUUUGCCUUUGUGUGUUUCCUGGUCGGAAACGUGUACGAGGGCUUCGAGCACUGGAAGAGUCUACUGGCUCUGCUGUGCCGCUCAGAGGACGCCAUGAGGAAGCGGAAAGAGCUCUAUCUGGGCCUCAUCACUGUGCUCUACCACCAGCUUGGAGAAGUACCCCCGGACUUCUUUGUUGACAUUGUUUCGCAGAGUAACUUCCUCACCAGCACACUCCAGGACUUUUUUCAGUUUGCCACUGGACCUGGUGUGGACAGCACUCUGCGAAAGAAAGCAGAGAAGUUCAAAGCCCACCUGACCAAGAAGUUUCGCUGGGAUUUUGAUGCAGACUUGGAUGACUGUGCUCCGGUGGUGGUGGAGAUACCUGAAGGCGUCACAGUGGACUGAAACAGCUCUGUCUCAAAAAUUCAUCAUGUCAUUAUUUUUUUAGUAUGAGGUGUGCGCUGUGCAACAUCUACAAAAUAUGUGACUACUUAAUGUAGAAAAGCAAGCCUGUCAUUAAACCACCUGUAUUGUUACAGUCUUGUUAUAGGUAAAAGAAGAUGCCUUCUGAACAUGUUUGUUGUCAUCAGUACUUUGAAAUUUGUAAGUUAAAUACAGAAAUUCAAACAAAUGUUAGCAGCGUUAGCUUUUAUAUUUUAUGAAUAUUAAAAAUAAAGAAGAAAAAGCUU